GAUGAGCGAUCGCGAUUCUGGACGGUAUAUCAAAAGGUCGCAUCACAACACGACAACGAUUUUUUGGAGCAAUAUGAUGGUGACAUGGAUAUCGUCUUGAUUUUCUCUGGCCUAUUUUCCGCAGUCAAUACGGCGUUCAUCGCCACUAUGGGACCUAGCGAGACUACUACCACAGAUGCUUUAUUGACGCAAAUCAUCACGCUGAUGGUAAUGAACAGCCAUGGAACCCCUAUCACAGCUAAUUAUCCGCUUCCCGUCCCGCCUGCAUAUUCCAACGGGCAAAUAUGGUUCCAGGCUCUGGCUUAUGCCAGCCUUUCAUUCAGCCUUCUUGCGGCAUUCGGCGCCGUUUUGGGCAAGCAGUGG